GUGACCUGGUGAGCAGGCGUGUGUGCAACUGGUGCGCGCUAGAUUAGUUCAGUAGAGUAGGCGCAUCGCAUGCACACAAGGCCGCCCUCGCAAACCCCACACUCAUCAAGCCCUUUAUACAUAUACACAUUUAUCUAAAUAUUUACAAUUCUUACAACAACAAAAAGAGGAAAAAAAGAAGAAACCAAUCAAAUGACUGACCAUGUUUAUAUUAUGAUAUAAUGAUAAAAUUGAUAUGAUAUAUCUUUGAGAGAACGAGCGAAUAAUCAUAGACAAUGGCGCGUACACACAGAAAAACGGGUGAGCGCAGUACAGCACCUGAGGCCAAGGAGCUUGUCUCCACCUCUCCUUUUUCAACCUGCGAUCAAUUGAGUGUUUGAUGCAUGCUCAGUGAAAGUCGGAGAUAGACAGAGAGAGAGCAAAAGAGAGGGAGAUAGAGAGAAAGAGAAAGAAAGAGAGAUUUAGAUAAGGGUGGGGUGGCUUGGGGACGAUCGCACUACGAACGAUUGCGCUGGUGUAGGAACCAAUAUUGAGAUAACCAAGAUCGUGCGAGAAAGCGAGAGGCUCUCUAUCCUGGUGAUCCUUUUUCCACGAUAGACUCCCGUUACUACUACUGCUAGACACGCUGGAUCUGGGUUGAAGGGAAUGGUAAUUCCACUUCUCGUAACAAACAGGGCGAGUACCUUAAAAGGAAACGAAUGAAAACAGAACAGAAGGACAGAUGAUGAGUACACAGUGGAGCGUUUUGUGACUGGUUGUUGUGCGCAUACGUACAAUAUACACACGUAUUUUGUAAAAAAAAACGAAUAAUUGUAACACAAUUCUAUUGAUAAUGAAUUAUGAAUUAUACACGGAUUCCAUCGGUCGUCGAAUGGAGCAUGGAGAGCGCUAGAGCGAUUUAGGAAAUGGAUGUGCAAAGAAGUGGGGAAAGAGAUAGUGGAAGAGCGAGAGAGCGUCAUAAAGAAAGAAAGGAAAGAAGAAGAAGAAAACUCACAUGGAUCACGCAAAAAAUCUUAUGAAACUUCGCGAUUAGUGUUUUACAAAUUUAACUCCACCUGCGAACACAGGGGAUGAUAGUAGACAGUGUAUCAUACUUGCUCCGGGCACAUACGUACACGCAUACAUACGCUCUCAUGCAACACACACCCACAUACACAGUCAUGGCAUCAAUCUUGCACAUAACCGGGAACCCCUUGCGCCUCCGCUCGCCCUAGAGUUUCUCCUUUUAUCGGUGAAUUGCGGUGGAUUAGUAUUCUAGCAGAUGAGGUUAUAGCAAUUAAAAGGUUCCCUGUCCUAGCUAGCGACCGCUUGGCGUGUUUUUGGUGGACUGAUCGUAUCAUUCCAGUGCAGCCGCCGGUCGGCUGAUACGCACGAGCUGUGUUUGCGAGAAAAUGUGAAUUAAGGGCGUUGUGCCGUGGUUCCGUUACGGUUUUUUUUCUCCCAUUUUUUGUUCGAUUCCAAGAUUUCUCUUGUAGGACUGUAGGCCGAUAAAAACACAUCAAUCCCACUCUGGGGUCAAUCAUACUUCAACCAGCAUUCGUUGCUUUUAUGGAAAGAGACAUUGCCAUUGCCUUAUGCCUUACCGACAUUAUGUGAGGUGUUUGCGAAGCGAUAAGAUGUAAUUAGUGGCCGUGUUUGUUGCUCCAUCAGCAGUCUCUGCGCAGUCUGGGUUACUCCACUUCACACGCAAUUUUGAUGAAACGCACAUCCCUACUUACAAACAGACAGAAGAAAAAAAAACACUGAACAGGUGUGCUGAACCUACUGUGCUGUGCUUAUCGUUAACUGAAGCCUUAAGGCAUAUAUUACUACUUUUUUUACUCUUCCACGAUUCGCCAACUGCUUACGCUCGAAUAAGUCUCGGUCGGUUUGUUUGUGAUGCGUUAUCCGAUGCGCUUAUGCGAGUGGUUAUGGCUGAAUCUGUCACCUUCUCCUCAUCAACACUGUAGUGUAUCCGUGAAGGAUAUUAUGCUGCCAAACCAUCCGUUCGUUCGUGCGUUCGUUUGGCCUGAGUAGAAAGCAUAGCGUUAGUGGAACAACCUGCAGUAGUAGAAGCAGUAGUCGAUGUAGCAGUCAGGACGGUACCGUUGUACUGUUGAACAAUACACAAAUAUUAGCAUCACACUCCGUAGCAAUUAUACACGGUAGCAUAGAAGAUAGGUAUCUCUCCAGUGUGUGAGGACAUUGUUUGGCUUACACCUUCUUUUCAUUCGAUCGAGAACCAUAAAGAAGCGUUGUUAAUUGUAGUAGUUGGAUAGUUGUGUCUGUGUGUGUUUGUGUGAUUUAUUGGUUCAAGUUAGCGACGCAUGCAAACAUUCCUGCAAUCUUUUCUUAUUUGUCUUGCUGUUGUCAGCCUUUGUGGACCCUAGUGCUGCCCAGAAGGCACUACUAGGGCCUUGUUGAACGCUUCAAAAGAUGAUCGAUAAGCAUAGAAACCGCGCCUAGACGAAUGUAAUGAAAAUUGGGGUCUCUUCACUAGCAAUAUUUCUCUCGAUUUCUCUAUCUAGCUCUCUGUCACUCUUUCUUUUUAUCUCUCUCCUUCUAUCAAGUGCAAAAAUACAGCUUAUGCACGCACUAGUACAAUCAUUUAUCAUUUUUUGCGGUAGAGGUGGCCCAAGGAGACGAAAAGACAAACAAGCUGUGUGGGGUAUUGCCGUUUGCCAAAACAUGGGGAUUUCAAUUGUUACACUACCAUGUAGCAUCGAUUCAAUUGCUACACUCUACAGUAUUGGGAAUCGGAAGGGAAGAAGAAAGACGGACAGCGGAUAGGCGGGCGGGCGGGCGGGCGGUCGGGCUUUGAGAUUAUUUAAGUAGAAUUGGUUAAAGAAAAAGUAUUACUGUUCUAAUAAGCGUAAGAACGGCAGGCGGAAGACGGUUAAUUUCACUUUGAUUG